AUGCUCCUCGGCUCUCAUCGGCCUUCGGGGGAUGCUAUAGGAGGGGAAGCCUCAGGGGGGAAAGCGACACAGGGGGAAUCCACACGGGGGGAAGCCGCACGGGGAGAAGCCACGCAUGCUGAAGUAAAAACACGAGGGGAAGCUACGGAGAGGGAAUCCACGCAAGGGGAAGCCACGCGAGGGGAAGCCACGCAAGGGGAAGCCACGCGGGGGGAAGCCACGCAAGGGGAAGCCACGUGGGGGGAAGCCACGCAAGGGGAAGCUACGCGGGACGUAAAAGUGCGCGAAGCUGCGAGCAAUGACGGGUUGCGGCAAGGGUCGGAGUCACAGGAAGCGUUUCCGCCAUGCACCAGUGAACCUCGGCCGCGCUGGUGGCUGCUGGGCGCGCUGGCUCGCGCGGCCGCGGAGGCCUUCAACGCCACCUCGCCGCUCGCCGCCAUGGAAUUUCGCCACGCUCGCGCCGCCGAUUCCACCGGCCCGCCCUCAGUGCGCUCCUCCUCUGAUCUGCCUCUCGUCGUCGCGAUGGCCGGCGACUUCCUCGCCGGGAACUUGAGUGCGAGUCGGGAAAGGAAGCGCGUGCGGCGCAGCGGUAGGAUGAACCCCUUUUUGCGGAGCAGCAGAAGCAUGUUGUCGACAGCCCAGCGCCGCCCUCCGCCACCCGCUGCUCGACGGACACCCGCUCGAAGAACACCGUCACUGCCGCCGCCCGCUGCUAAGGGGCAGACGCCGCUACCCGAGAUCUCUUCGCGGUCGCCCUCUAAGAGCGCUGGCGGGUCGCCGGGGAGGAAAGCUGAGAGCCAGCCCAAGAAUGCGCCGCCGUCGCCGGCUAAGAAGGGCCGGAAGAAGAAGCUCGCGUCUCCGCCACCGGCGCCGCCGCCGCGCAAAAGGGGCAGAAAAAGGCGACCGCCCCCGCCAUCACCGCCCGCUGCUCGAAAGCCCCCGAAACAGAGAACUCCCACUGCUCCGUCGCCGCCCCCACCUAGAGGCUCUCGCAAUCCCGCGCAAAAGCCCCCCAGGAGCCCUCCCCCUCCCCGCCCUCCUCGCCCCCCCAGUCCCCCUCCGCCUUCUCCUCCUCAGCCGCCCAGACCUCCGCCUUCACCCCCAUCCCCCCCCGCGCCCCCUUCUCCUCCCCCGUUCGGCGUACAGUCCCCCGACUGCCAGUACGGCGCAGAAAACUCGCUAGCGGAAUGCGCGAUGGGGUACGCGGGCGCGGCGGGUGUGCGCGGAGCACAGGCGCUGGGGUUGACGCGGUACACGGUGGACAGCGAGUUCGACACGCUGGACGGGUCGCAGAUGGCGGUGGGCACGCUGCGGUGGGCCGUGACGUACCUGCGCGAGGGCGCGUACAUUCAGUUCGCGCGCAGCAUGGAGAUCGUGCUGCAGGGCAGCCUGUACGUGCGGUCGCGCACGACGAUCGACGGGCAGGGCUUCCACGUGCGGCUGAGCAACGGCACGCUGCUGCUGCAGAACGCCGUCGACGUCGUCGUGCACAACGUCGAAGUGAGCGGCGCGGCGAGCAACCUGAUAAUGGUGUACAACAGCAGCAAGGUGUGGGUGGACCACUGCCGCCUCGUGGACGGGCGCACGGGCACCGUGGACGUGGGCAAGGGCAGCACUGACGUCACCAUCUCCAACUGCUACAUCAGCAGCCCCACGCCCACCAUGCAGCUGGGGCUGUCGGACGGGGAGGAGGCGGACCGCAUGAUGCGAGUGACGCUGUACCGCAACUGGUUUGACUCCUCCUACGCCAUGCAGCCGCUGUGCCGCAAGGGCUCCUGCCACGUGGCCGCCAACCUGUACACGCGCUGGACGUCCUUCUGCCUGGCGGCGCGCAGGGGCGCUGUGGUGCGGUCCGAGAAGAAUGUGUUCCGCGCGGACCCCGCAAAGCGGCAGGAGGUGACGGCGUGGUACGAUGGCAUGCUGCCCACGGACAGCAACUACGACACCACUGCCACUAUUCGCUCCGUGGACGACUUGCUGCUCGCGGGUGCCACGUUCCACCAGUGGGUGGGGGCCAAUGCACUCUUCACGCCGCCCUACUACCUGCCCUUCUUCCGCAACACGCGCCUGCUGGAGGCUUUUCUUAUGGUCAACUGCGGCCCCAAGUACGACACUGUCGUCGCUCUCCCCCCUGCCUCGCCCCCGCCCUCCCCACCACCGUCGCCCCCUCCUCCUCCCCCAUCCCCUCCCCCGCCACCAUACGUCCCGCCCCCACCCGUCCCUCCGCCACCCCCUCCGCCAUCCCCCCCGCCAGCGCCGCCCCCGUCGUCGUCAGACUGCCAGUACACUGCUGCGGCAUACGGUGCGGGCAUACUGGCGUGCGCCAUGGGGUACGCAGCGGGGGAUCAAGGCACGGGGCUGGCAGGCAUAGCGGCGGUGCCCGAGUAUGUGGUGACGCUGGAUGAGGACGCGGCGAGCAGCAGCCGGCAGGGGUCGCUGCGGUGGGGCUUGGCCAACUUCAAGGGCCGCGUGCGCAUCUCGUUUGCACGCUCCAUGACCAUCCGCCUGGCCGCCGUGCUGUACGUGAAGUCCAACACCAUGAUCGAUGGCAGGGGCGUGCGCGUGACACUCACGGGCGACAGCAUCGUGGUGGUGCACUCGUCGCAGGUCGUGCUGCACAACAUUGAAUUGGCAUGCAACGCAGCGAGCAGCAGUGCGCACGUGGUGCUGUACAACAGCACGAACGUGUGGCUGGACCACUGCCGCUUCUCCAACAUCUCCAAGGCCGCUCUCGACGUCUCCCGCCUCUCCUCCGCUGUCACCGUCUCCAACUGCCACUUCACCCGGGGAGCUCCCUCCUCCGCUGCGGUGCUGCUGGGCAGCAGCGACAGCGACACGUCCCUGGCCUCCCUCACCGCCACGCUGUACCGCAACUGGUUUGACCGCGCCCCGCCCGGCCAGCCCGUGUGCCGGCGGGGCAGGUGCCACGUGGUGAGCAAUCUGAUGAGCGCGUGGGCAGGGGCGGCCAUGGAUGCGCGCACGGGCGGGCAGGUGCUUCUUGACAACACCCUCCUCUCCUCUGGCGCUGCCUCACAGGCCGUCGUGGCUGCUGCUGCCACUUACCCACCUGGCACUGUGGUUUCCGUGGGGAGUGUGCUCAUGGGCGCUGCUGUGUGGGGGCCCGUGGCAGCACCAGGCACCUCCACCUUCACUCCUCCGUACACACUGGCCCCGUCUUCUCCAGACGCCAAGUUUGCCCAGUUCAUAAGGAGCAAUGCUGGCCCACAUGAGUGGUGA